UGAAGAUUGGAAGCUAAAGAAAAACAUGGAGGUAAUGAUGCUCAAUCUGAGUCGUUUCAAAACUUUGUAGAAGAACACAAAGUCCACUUUGAAAAGGAAGAAGAAGAACCACAGUUCCCUGAGGAUGAAGAGGUUGAACCAGUUGAUCCAAGUAUGAUGCUGGUUGGUACCAGAUUUGCUAAACAUGAAGACUUUAAAAGGAAUUUGAGGGAUUUCUGUGUCUUGAAUGAAACUCAGUUUUUGGUCAGAUCUAGUUGUUCCAGGAGAGUGAAGGUUAUAUGUGAUUUCAUAAGGAUAUAAAUGUCCUUGGUUUUUAUUUUGUUCAAGAAUGAAAAAAGGUGGUUACUGGUCAAUUAUAAGUCUGGAAGAAAAACAUACAUGUGCUGGUGAUCCAACAGGGAGAAAUAAGUCUGCAAACAAGUAUUUUGUUUGUGACUGGGUAAAGGAUAGGCUUAAGACCACUACUGGGAAAGUUAUUCCAAAGCAAGGACAAAUAAAAGAAGACUUUUUUACUCAAACCAACAUUGAUAUACCAUAUCAAACAGCAUGGAAGGAAAGAAAUUUAGUUCUAGAAUCACAGUAUGGGAACUAUGAAGAAAGUUUCAACAAUGUACCCACUUUCUGUAACAUGGUGACCAAAACAAAUGAUGGUUCUGUGGCUAUUUACACAUAUGCACAAGAUGAUGAUCGUUUUGAAAGCAUGACAAUCUGUUUUGCAACAGCACUUCAAGGAUUUAAAGAUGGAUGUAGACCAGUAAUUGGAUUGGAUGCUUGCCAUCUUACUGGCAAGCAUGGUGGUGUGCUAAUGGCUGCAACAACACUAGAUGCACAAAAUGGUUUAGUACCAUUAAGGAUUAUGGUUUGCAGGGCUGAGACCAAAGAGAAUUGGACCCUGUUUCUCCAACAUUUGGCUCCACAUAUCACUGAUCAUAAGUGUCCAAUUACAUUCAUAUCUGAUAGGCAGAAGGGAUUACAUGAAGCUGUGCCUGCAGUGUUUGGAAAAACUCCUCAUAUAUAUUGUUAUAGGCACUUAAGUAAGAACUUCAAGAAGAAAUUCAAGGGCUAUGAACUGCAAUCUCACCUGUGGAAUGCAGCAAAAUGUUAUAAAGAAGCAUUUUUUUUGAAAACAUGGAACUUUUGAAGAAUGAAAAUGAGGAAGCUUUUAUGUAUCUUAUGAGGGAAAAUCCUGAGUCUUGGUCAAGGGCUUUUUUUGAUAGCAUAAGUAAAUGUGAACAUAUGAAUAAUAACUUUUCUGAGUCUAUUAACUCCAUGGUCUGUAAUUUAAGGGACAAACCAAUUUGUAUGUUAGGAAUGAUGUAUGGACAGUUAGUCAUGGGCUUGUUUUAUAAGAGGAGGACUGAAUGUGCUGGAUGGACAGAUGGGCAGUUGGUUCCCACUGCAGUUAUGUUAAUUGAGAAGAUGAUGAAAUUAGUUGGUAAGUUCAAGACAGUUGGAUGUGUGGCAGGCAAGAUAUAUUCAUCAACUAACAGGGACACAAAUAAAAUGUUUACUGUUAAUAUUGUUAAUCAAGUAUGCAGUUGUGAGCAGUGGCAGAUGAGAGGAUUUCCCUGCCAACAUGCAGUUUGUGCAUUAAAGACAAUUAGAGAUGAUUGGCCUAAAUAUUGCAGUCCUUACUUUAGAGUGGAAUCUUAUAGAGCCACAUAUGCACCAGUGGUACAUCGUUUAGAUGACCCAAAGGACUGGGUAGACAUGAAGCUCAAUACUCCCAUCUCAAGUAGAUCUGCAGGAAGACCAAUAACUAAAAGGAUAAAGUCAUAUGAUAAACCUAGAGUUGAAGUGAGAAAUAGAAGAUGCUCAAGGUGCAAGGUAGUAGGUCACAACAAAUCAACUUGUAAAUGAGGUGAAGUUGGACGGAAUUCAAAGGGAAAGAGACCAAGAACUCAAGUAGAUGCUGCUGAUUUUAGUUUCUCAUAUCCAUCACAACCAAGUAAAGCAAAGAAAGUGAAGAAGACUGCAGGUGAAUCAUCUAAAGCUGCUGCAUCCAAGAGGAAGGUUGCACAAAAUGUUUCACAGACUGUUUCACAAACUGUGACACACCCUAAGUAUGGAUCUGUUUUACAAAAUAUCACACAAUGUAUUCAGACCCAGGGGAACGCUAAGAAGACAAAGAAAAAUUGAUUCUGUGAAUGUUAUCUUUUGAAAAACUUUGGAUCUGUCUCUUUUUGGGUUGUGUUGAUUGAUACAUGGAAAUGUUUAUGUUUUGAACAAUUUCAAUAUUUUUUAGAUUGAAAAAACUCAAUAUUUUUAUUAUAAA